AUGGAAUCGAAAAAGUUUAGCGAAUAUCAAAAGCGUCUGAAGGCUUUAAAGAAACAGAAUAAAAGCAAGCUUAGGAGAUGUACUGUGUGUAAGAAAUUGGUCAUUCAAGCAGGAAAUACAGGUGAAAAGAACGUAACACAGGGCAAGAUUUAUGAGCCUAAUGAGUGCUUGUCAAUGCAAGCAAAGAAAGUUUUAGAUCACAAAGAAAUUGUGAAGCUCCAAAGCAAGGAAAAUGGGGAGAAAAAGAGUGUCAGUUUUAUGUGCACAAAUUGUGAAGAGCGCGCUAAGCUUAAAUUAACUCUGUUGAAAUGUAGGAUGGCCCAGAAAGUCUACAGAUGUCAGAUUUGUUCGCAGACAUUCAUUAACUUGAUAUUCAGUCAAUUACAUUACAACCCAGAACUUCAUUGUUAUGGUUGUCACCUGGACUUUGAUAAACAUUACCGAUUUGUUCUCCACAAGAAAAAAGAUCCCAUAAUGCAUAAACGGAAAUCCUAUUCAAAGAAAAAAACUCUGCAUGCUAUGAAUCCUGGGAAUCUAUCAGAAUCUUUUAAGUGUGCCGUCUGCGGGAAGAAAUUUAGGGACAAAAAAUGGUUGGACCAUCAUCAAACAACAUUUCAGGACUUGAAGCACAAGAGAUUUUGCUUUGUGUGUGGAAUAAUGUUUAAACUACCAACAACGUUGAGAAAGCACAUGAAAACUCACACAAAGGCGCCAGAAAAAUCGAGAAGGUCUUUCCUUUGCCACAUCUGUGGUAAGCUUUUCAAACAAAGUUCAAAUAUGUGGGGCCAUAUAAGAGCCCACACUGUGAAAGAAAUUAAAAACUCGGGGACACUAACGCACCCCCCUGACAGGAGUUCUGUGCACGAGUGUGGUCUGUGUGUCAGGGUGUUCUCUAAGAAAAGUUACAUGCUGAUACACAGGAAGGUACACGAGAGGCCCGACACUCAAAAAUGUCAAGUCUGCAAUGGAGUGUUUGGUAGUCUGGGUGCCCUGAACCGCCACAAGCGUAAUGUACAUCAGAUGUACAUCAACAUAUAA